CUUGCCUAUAUGUGCAUGUGUGUAUACACAGAUACACCUGUUUUCCUGCUCGUCUGCCUUUUAACGCUUGGCCCACAAGAUUAUGGCAAGCAAAGGUUUUCCUGGCGCAAAGAUAAAACCAACGGGAAAAGCUGCAACAAUUUCUGGGUGUCGGAGGGUUGUCAAAAGGCACAAGAGCACCUUUAGGGUGUUGUGAGCUGUGCCGACCCAAGAGCAGAGUUAAAGAAAUUCCCUCAAAAGGACUGAGAAGUUCAAGAAGGGCGCCAAGGGCAUCCACCCACCCCACAUCUCCUGGAAAACGAAAUGGCUGGCUUGGCAGUCGCUGGAGAUUUCUCAUUUCAGAGUCAGCAAGAUCAAACCACUGAAGUGGAAGAACAAGCCCGUGCAAGCCUUGCUUUCGGGAAGGGACAAAGGACAGUCCUGCUGGAAGAGUUUUUGGGAUUUCCCUUACGGCUAGCAGAGAAGCAGGAACCAGCAGAAAGGGGAAUGCUUUGCGGCUUGGCAGCCCAACCGUGGAGGGCGCAACAGGCUGCAGCAACCCCAGCCUGGGACAACCUACACAUCCCUCAGUUGACCCAGAGGGACGAUAUUGAGGCCUACUUGGCCACGUUUGAGCGGGUGGCCGAGGCCUGUCAGUGGCCACGGGAAGAGUGGGCUUCUCGGCUUGUGCCGGCCCUUAGUGGAAAAACUCAAGAGGCCUGUUGUUCUGUGGGUGUCUGUGAGGGAAAGGACUACGAGAAGCUGAAGGCAGCCAUCUUGAAAAGCUUCAACAUCACUGCUGAGGCGCAACGCCGGCGCUUCAGGCAGUUCCGCUACCAGGAGGCCCAGCAUCCUCUGGAGGUUUGCAUGCAACUCCAGGCGCUGUGCUACCAGUGGCUGAAGCCGGAGAGACACGCAAAAGAGCGGAUCCUAGAAUUGCUGGUUCUGGAGCAGUUCUUGACCAUUUUACCAGGCAAAUUCCAGAAGUGGGUCCACGAACAAAACCCCGAGACAUGUCUGCAAGCAGUCGCCUUGGUGGAAGAUUUCUUGCAGACGCAUCAAGAGGCAAAGGUGCGAGAGGAACAGGGACUGGUUGCAGAUAUGCUGGAGCAAAAGCCAGCAGAAGUGAAUCAGAGUUUUGACUCCCAGGAGGUAGCAGAGCUAAACAGUGAUUUGGACAAUUACUUGCAAGGUAGCAAGAUGAUCCUCACUGAGGUUCUUGGGGAUGAGAGUAGUCACUCCGAAGAGACGCCGUACCAGUGUCCCAAAUGCAGGUGGGAAUUCAGCGACGCUUCAGCCCUUCACCAGCAUCUCAAGAGCCACAUGGCCGAGAAACGGUACCAGUGCACCGAGUGUGAGAUGCGCUUCCGGCAGAGCUCGGACCUCAUCAAGCACCAGAGAAUUCACACGGGGGAGAAGCCUUACCAGUGCCAGGAGUGUGGGAAGACCUUCAGCCUGUGCUCGGCUCUGUACCGCCACCACCGGGGACACUCCGGGGAGAAACCUUUUAAGUGCAAGGAAUGUGGGAAAGGCUUCACGCGGAACUCUAGUUUAGCACAGCACCACCGACUCCAUAAACGCUAGCACCUGGCUCACAGACUGGAUUGAAACAGCAGGUGCUAUGGUGUGGGUGUUGGAUGUCCCUAAGGAUUGUGUCUUAAAUCAAUGACUGCAUGUCACAAAACACAGAAACUGGUGCAGAGUUGAACACCCUGAGAUUCUUUUUUUGAAUGUUCAAAAUGAAACAAGUUUCUAGUCCUCAAGGCUGAGAGAAAGACAACAAAGCUGGGAUGAUGUGGGUGCUUGGCCUGAUGAAGUCUGGGACUUAAGUGGCUUGCGUAGCUCUUUGGGAGGGAGGAGCGUUGGAGUAGCUGCUUGGCAUGUAGAAGGUCCAAAGCUCAGUCCUUGGCAUCCCCAGUUUAAAAGGGUCAAAUCAGCAGAUGAAGGGAACGACUGCUUGAAACUCUGGAGUGUCAAGGUAGAUAAUAAUAGAUGGAUAAAUAGCCUGACCUGGUAUAGUGCCCUAUGUUCCCGUGGCCAGCAGAAAUCAUGUGAAAUAAACGCAUUUCAUUUUUGUUUUACCAAGAAGUCCAUUGCUUGUUUAUUUUUUGACAUUAAUGUAGAAUUGCCUUUCCAACCUUAAGGCAGCUUACAGGCCCAAUGAUAAAAACAAUACAUGCAUC